AAGUGGAAGAAACUGCAAUUAAAAAAGAAAUCAGUUGAAAAUAUUGGGCAAGUGGAAAAUUUGUUAGCUGUGGUUGUUCCAAUUCGUGACAUAUGUAUUUCAGUGAAAGUAUCGUGUUACCAGUUAAAAUAUGUUCAUUAAUUAAUUGUAAAACUUAAAGCAAUUCCACCAUUUCAAUCACUGCAAAUGAAGGGAAAAAUUAAUGUUAGAUGUAAAAAUAGAAAGUGAUCGAAGUGCGAGGAAAGGACAAGAGAACGAAACUUCAUUUGUGCAUACAAACAUACGUAUGUAUGUAUGCAUUGGCUUACGAGGGACCAUUCAAGGCAAUGGUUAUAAAAGUUUUUAUUUGGUCAAAGUAAACAAAAAAUUGGUGGAAAAUCUCCGAAAAUAUAAGCUGUAAAGGAAAAGGACAUUGCCACAUAAAAAUAACAUUUUAAAACGUUUUUACGGCUUUAAGACAAAUACUGCACGAGAAUAAAAUGGAUAAUACCGACUGCAGCGAUAUGGUCCAAUUGGAGCAGGAAAAGAGCACACAGUGCGUAGUGCAUGAUCUUACGCCCAAGUCAGAGCAAAAGAAAAUAAAUAUUGUAGUGCGCUCACAGUACACCGUCGAGAAGGUAUUUCGCAAUAUCAGUACACAGUAUCCCUACGAGUUGUACGAUUUGGUUCUGCAGCCAAAUGAGACGGAAAAUACGCUGAUACACUUGAAUGCGCGAAAAUCAGAGCUCCUCUUCGCCAUACCCGGCUUUGCUCCACAGGAAAAGAAUGUACUUGUUCUGCUGCCUCCAGGCGUUUGGGAUGGAAAUGUUAAGAAACGUUUUGAUUUCGCAAAACCAUUGACCAAAAAGAAAUGCAUUUCAAAAUCGUCCAAGUUAAGCACAAAGGAGGCAUCCACAGCAACAAUUAAAGCUGCACAGAGCCCAUCUACAACUGACGAGAAAGUCACUACAACUUCAAUUGUUACAAAUGGUGUUGAUUCCACCGCCGCCUCUAUCAACAGCGCAAUGAAUGGUGAUAGCGAAAUAUCAGCGCAUAGCGCUGAUAUCAUAGCAAAUAACAACCACAACGAGAGUUUAGUAACAAAAAAUAUUUGUACUGAUUUGAGUGGUGCUGGCGAUGCUUCAUCAACCACUACAGAUGAGUUAUCUUCUUCCCUGCAUACAGCGACUGUCAUAGCCAGCACAAGAACAACAAAUACCGCCACCAUGGCGCAUUCAUUGAAAUUGAGUCCACUUUCCGAUCCAGAGCUUUUAUCUGACGACGACUUGGCGCUUGGUGCAUCUGCAAGCCCCACCGAGACUGAGCCAUAUAGUGGUGAUGGUUUGCUCAAGAUUCGCAACACUUCGCCACGAAGUCCCAAAUACGGUCCACUUACAGAAGGGGAAAUGUAUCAACAGAUGACACUUCACCGUGAUUUCACUCGUUUGGGUAAAAAGCUGCAACCCACAUCGGCUUCUGCGUCAACUACCACGAGUGCUGCCUCUGGAUCGACCACAAUGUCUACAAUGUAUACAGGUGGUGCGAAUGGGUAUGUGGGUUUGGUGAAUCAGGCCAUGACUUGCUACCUGAACAGCCUACUUCAGGCGCUCUUCAUGACGCCAGAAUUCCGUAAUGCACUCUACCGUUGGGAGUUCGACAAUGACAACGAAGCGAAAAAUAUUCCCUACCAACUGCAGAAGCUCUUCCUCAACCUGCAGACUUCAAAGAAAUCUGCUGUAGAGACAACAGACUUGACGCGCAGUUUUGGAUGGGAUUCAACUGAAGCAUGGCAACAACACGACAUACAAGAAUUGUGUCGGGUUAUGUUCGACGCGCUGGAGCACAAAUUUAAAAAUACCAAGCAAAUGAAUCUGAUUGCAAGCUUGUAUGAGGGAAAGAUGAUCGAUUAUGUGAAGUGUCUGGAGUGCAAUACGGAGAAAACGCGCGCUGACACUUUCCUCGAUAUACCACUACCGGUUCGUCCUUUUGGCAGCACUGUCGCCUAUGGUAGCAUCGAAGAAGCAUUGCGUGCUUUCGUACAACCAGAAACGCUCGAUGGCAAUAAUCAGUACUUCUGUGAAAAGUGCAAUAAGAAAUGUGAUGCUCACAAGGGAUUGAAAUUCAAAAACUUCCCUUACAUACUGACACUGCAUCUGAAACGUUUUGACUUUGACUAUCAAACUAUGCAUAGAAUCAAAUUGAAUGAUAAAGUAACUUUCCCCCAAACGCUAAAUUUGAAUAGUUUCAUAAAUCCUGCUGAUCAGGAAGGCCACGCACCUGCAACUUCUGCAUCCGCCACUGUGGGUUUAUCUGGCGGCAAUGCUACAUCUAAUAGUUUCAUGCCUAAUGGCACAAUUGCCGCCAAUGAUGAUUGCAGUACAACAGAUAGUGGCUCCGCCAUGGAGGAGGAUUUAUGUUGUAGCGGCACCGCUACUGCCAGCUCCAGCCAGCAUGAAAAUGAUAUGAAUGAUGAUGAUGAGGGCAUCGACAUGAGCACCAGCACAGAUCACCGUGUGACUAGUAGUAAUGCCAGCGUUGAGCAGCGCAUAAAGCAUAACACCGGACCAUAUUUGUAUGAAUUAUUCGCUAUAAUGAUACACUCAGGCAGCGCCUCAGGCGGACACUAUUAUGCUUAUAUAAAGGAGUUCGACAACAAUGAGUGGUAUUGCUUUAAUGAUCAGACUGUAUCGCCGAUUACUGAGGAGGAUAUUGAAAAGUCUUUUGGUGGAGGAUCCAGUCGUGCCUACUAUUCCAGCGUUUACAGUUCAAGCACAAACGCUUAUAUGUUAAUGUACCGACAAAUUGAUCCGCAGCGCAACGAGCGAGCCACCAAAGCUACUGAUUUUCCCGAGCAUAUUAACCAUUUGAUGCCGAAACUGCAUCAGGAAGAAGAAACACGAGUAACACGCAGCUCUGGUCGCCACGGAGUUGUCGUCUCUGAUUUAUCGGUGCAAGAAUUGGUGAAACCACGAGUAAAUUUCUAUAACCCUGAAUUGAAAAAGAUGAAAUCAACACGAGUUUACGUAAGUAACUUUAAUGUGAACUCGGUUCUGGAGUCGGCCUAUCAAUUGUUAAAUAUAGAGCAAUUUGCACCUUUGUCGCGUUGCCGUCUCGUAGUAUACGAUGAUAUGGGCGAACAGAUUUGCCAAUCUCUGGAACAUAUUAUCGAUCCAUCACUUACAGAAUUACGUCGGCAAACAGAUGGGCCACUGGAAUUUUUGCUGGAGACAAAAGUGGAAGGCCAGGAGUUCGAGGUUUACAAACCAGGUGGUGUAACUUGGAAUGUAUACAUAGUGAAUGUUUGGAAAAUGCACCUGGAUGGCCCUCAUCUUGUCUAUGCGCCCACAAGAGAAGCCAACUCGGCACUUUUGCACUCGAUUGCGGUACGCCUUAAUUUAAACGAGAACCAAUUGUUAUUGGCCACAGUGAAGACUGACGCCUUUGUAGCGCUAGACUCUGCGCCACCUAACAGUGAUACGGCGGAGGGAAUGCAGCAACAAGUUAUAACACAAGAAGACUUGCAAGAAAUCGCACAAGAGCAGUUUAGGGGUUUAACAUAUAUUUUCCUUAACGUGCCCAAUACCGACCCGACCACCUUGGAAAUCUUGGGCAUACCAACGUUGGAGACUCCUACAAUCGAGGUCAGCGCUGAUGUUGUUGAUGCAGUGCAAAUGAACUCAAAUGUCAUGCAUGCAAUUAAUCCAUCCAUUGGAGAAAACACGUCCACUCUUUCGCAAAAGAACUGUCAUCCCACUGGCAGCGCACGCGAAUCGCCACUCCCUCCCGUCACCUGCCCGUUGACUGGCCAAGAAUCCAACUCUGAAGACAGCAGUUUGAGUGACGGCGACCGUACACUUGUCGAAUCGAUGCACAAUCGGUACGGUGGCGACAGUCAAAUUUCGUCAACCAGUCACUCGCCUUAUUUAUCCAGCCCCGAGGAUGAUGCUUACAAUAAAGCUAAUUCGCUAAAACGCAUUCACGACCUCUUUCAAAUGGCACCCGAUCACACAAUGGACAGUAGUUCUCAAUCGCGCAGCAACAGCGCGCCACAAUUUUUCUAUGCGGAAAAACUCAAUGCAGUCGAUCCCAGCACAAUCUCAUCAACUAUCCACAGCAGUAGCACAAAUGAUCCCAACGAGGAGUUGGCGCGUAAACCAACACAUUCGUAUAAAAUCAUAGUGGAUCCGCAUAUGAAAAUGUCCACAUUUACGCGACAUGUUGAAUCUCUGAUCGGUGUACCAUCGAACUAUUUUAAGCUGCAACACAAAUACGAGGUCAUCGACCUGAUGUCGACAGUGCUUUUCGUUAGUAUGGGUGAAACGUUGAGCAUUGAACUGGGGAAAGUGCUGCAACCGGACGAGCACAAGGCGAAGAUCUCAUUUAUGCGCCUGUCUGAGUUGGAUAAUGAUACCGGCAAAUUGCCCUGCAUAUGUGAAUGGGUGUACAAAGCUAGCAUGACGGUGGGUGAGGCGAAAAAGGAACUGAUAGCGAAGUUGCAUCGCAUUGACGCAAAAUACAAAUCGUUGUCAUUAAGCAAUUGUCGUCUAUGGCUGAAAGGUGGACGCAACCCAAUAAAAAUUAUGAGUGAUGAUGAAACAUUGGGUACCGAUCUGCGCUCAUCGGUGGCAGCGGAGUUCCUCGUGCAAGAGUGUGAAGAUGGUGUGAAUCCGCAGGUUGGUGAAGAUAGUCUUACCAUUUUCGUACGGCGCUGGUAUGCGGAUAAGCUGCAGUUGGAAAAAUUCCAGGAAAUCACUUUAGAAAAGAAUAGUGAAAUAAGAGAGGAGUUGGCCAAAAUUACUGACAUACGACAAGAACAUAUAGCGUAUAGUAAGAUAAAUGGUUCUUUUCCGUGUACAAGCAUUUCUCUGUUGAGUAUCAACAGCACGCUUAGUUGGUUUUCGAUACCCGCCACAUUGGACAAGUAUCCACUAACCACAACAGUCAAUGGAAAUGUUUAUUUUUACAAAGAUGUUACCAAAGCACCCAAGGAGCCAACAACUGAAGAACGGCGCGAAUUGAGCGCUCGCGAGAAGCUGCGUCUUGAUCGCCUGGGUUGCAUGUCAACGUCGCUUUACUCGCCGCGGCGUGAGCGCGCCCUCAAAAUAUAUCUUGACUCGCCACAAUCGAACAACAACAGUAGUACAACGACAUCGUCUUCGUCCGGAUCAGCAGUAGUAGGAGCGUCAAGAUCGGCAGAGGAUUAACAGAUAUAGGACAGAAAGUACUUAUAAUAAUGACAACAACACAUCUUCCGGGUAUAUUCAAUUCGUGGUAUAUUUAGUGGCUGCAUUAACAGUUCGGCUAUAGUAUGGGUGAUGGUUUCUGACCAUAUUUGCGCGAGGGCCCUUCAAAGGAGUUGAAAGGCCCCGAUAAUGCAUAUUAUUAUUGAGUAAUGUGAGGACUGAUGCAAACAACUGCCGACAAGUGAAUGAUCAACAUCACCAUUGUUGGCACUUAAGAAAAAGUGAUAACGCGAUUUUCUUUGAAUCUUUUUCUGCAGUUAAAAAAUUUAUUCAUUUAUUUUCAUCAACAAAUAAAAUAAGAUACUGAAAUUAUAUCAUAAAGAAUCUUAAAAACAAGCUUCAUGCAUAACUAAACAAA